AUGUUGGAGUGCAUUGAGGGCCUCAUAUCUCACUUGAGGCCAAUGUUUGUGAGCAAAGAUCUUCUCACAUUUCUUACCUCAAUGCCAACCGCCAACAUUGAAGUUGUUCUCAAGGUGGUCGGUAUCCUUCGAAAGGUGCUCUGCAGUUGCAAGUUCCACAUUUCUUACUCCCUCAUUGCAACCAAACUGCUACCUCCACUAAUACCUCUUUUGAUCUCCAAGAAGCUCAGUCCUAAUGAAUUUCGUGCGCUGAUUGGCGUGGCCCGUUUGAUGCUGGAGCAAAUAGACCGUGGGAGGACCAUCGAAUACUCACGAAAGAAGAGUCUUAGUGCGGACGAAGGCAUAAUGGACUAUAAAACUAGUACCGGAUACUACAGAAAUCUACCAUUGAUAUCAAUGCAGCAACCUACAAUUGACUUCUCACGGAGUCCACCAAAUCCCAAUCAUUGUCAAAAUAUACCUCGACCGCGGUCACAUUCAUCUGAUUCAAAUGCAUUCUCAAUAGGCAAUCAGUCAACUUCCUCUCCCUGGAGUUCUAGUCGCCAAUUCCUAAGCCGUCUUCGUGCAUCCAGUCAAUGCUCAGAAACAAUGCUUCAAAGAGGAUCAAAUUUGCCGGCUGCUCUGCAAUACCUGCGACCUCAGGAUAAAACGCGAAGUAAUCCAAGUUUUGGGCAGCGUUUAUCUCUAAGUCUACUUCCGAAGACAUCGCGUGCAGCAUCUUGGAAUAAUUCGGCUACUGGUCUUGCAGCAUUUGAACGACGACGGUCCUCGGGUGGUGCAACAGCGCAUUUAUCGGUACGUCGGCAAUGA